AUGGAACUCGAGUACAAGGCGGCAUGGGCUGUCAAACUACUCAACUUUGAUAUCAAAUCAGCCAAGGAAAGGCGUUCCAUUCAGAUUCACGAACUUGAAGAGAUCAGGUACCUGGUUUAUAAAAGCACGAAGAUCUACAAGGAAAAGACCAAAGCCUAUCAUGAUAAGCGGAUCAUCUGCAGAAGCUUCGAACCAAAUGAUCGAGUCUUGCUUUUCAACUCCAAGCUGAAGCUCUUCCCUGGGAAGCUGAAAUCCAGGUGGUCCGGACCGUUUACUGUCAAGGAGGUCCGACCAUAUGGAGCCGUGGUCCUACUGGAUCCGAAUGGAGGGGAGUUCGUCGUAAAUGGUCAGCGUUUUAAGCCAUACCUAGCUGAUAUGACAAUCAUAGCAGGGGAAGAAAUUCCCUUAGGCGAUCCAUCCCCAGCUCAAUAG